CUCUGCUGCUCGUUACCGACCUGCUCAGUCCGCGUUGUGUGUGUAUAUAUAUAUAUAUUCGCCAACGACGCUCAUUGCGCUGCACAACCUCGAGGAGUGAAGGCUAAAGAAGUAGAGGAGAAGGCCGAGUGCUAGCUUGGCCACAAUGGUGAUGGAGACUCAGGCAGCUGUUGUUCACAGUGAAAGCACUCCAAUUCCAAUGGAGAAUUCUUCCUAUCCUCCAUUCUUAACCACUCACAGGAAUCUAUUCGAAGGUUGCUGUGAGGCCGAGGUGGCGGCGGCAGAGGAACACCACUACUGCGACCUCCCCCUCAUCGACCUCGGUCGGCUCCACGGCGACGAGCUAGAGGCCGAACGGUGCAAGCGCGACAUCUCGGCCGCCGCCGCUGACUGGGGCUUCUUCCAGAUCGUGAACCACGGGGUGCCGGCCAAGCUGACCGCUAGGCUCCGGGAGGAGCAGGCCAAGUUGUUCCGGCAGCCUUUCAAGAAAAAGUCCGGCGGGAAUCUCCUCGACUUCGCUGACGACAGCUAUCGAUGGGGCACGCCGUCCGCCACGUGCCUCCGGCAACUAUCAUGGUCGGAGGCUUACCACAUUCCCCUCUUUUCAUCCUCUUCCGACAAAUCCACUCCCCGAAGCAGCAACUGCAAGUAUAAUCAAGCCAUUUUCGUCUCCGCUUUCCUUUAAAAAAACAAAGAAAAAAAAAAACUCUUUUUUC